CCUUUAUUCUUUUGAUUACUCGUUUUCUCGGUCCUCUCUCUCUCUAGUUACGGAGCACAACUUUGCUGUCAUGAAAGUUGAGCUAUGUUUGUGAUAUUACGAGUUCUCACAAACCGCACCAACGAAAUAACACACUAAGUUGAUACUCGAGGUUUAUACGAAGACCCAUUUCCCCAGGUCAUUUUUCACACAUGGAUUCUCUUUGCUUUGAUGAAUACAAAGAAGACGUUGAAGUGAAAUCUGCUGAAGGAUUUCUCACUUCUGAUUUCUCUGGUGUGGAUGAUAAAUUUGGAGACCCGGAAGUGCUCCCUCGUGUUGGAGACCAGUACCAGGCAGAAAUUCCUUCAUUGAUUGCAGCACCUCAUCUUUCUCAGCUUAUAAAGAAGUCAAGAGAUUCAGAAAUCUCAGUCAAUAUGCCAGAGUCUUUUUCACUAGGAUUACCCAUUCCUCUUAAGUGGGCACAUUGUAAAUUUGAAAGCAGUUGUGGGACUUCAGAAUCUGUCACAAGUGAAGAGGGGCAAGUAAUUUCUGAGAAUGAAUGUUCAGAAGUUAAACUUCAGACUGCUUUACUUGGUGAAGGAAAAAAUGUGGGAGGGUUUUCGAGUUUUCAAUCCUUUUCUAAAGGUGAUGAGACAGAUAUUGACUCAUGCCCGGAACUGAAAACUGAACUAGAUCAGCCAAGAGGGAAGUAUCUUCUGCCUGGAUUGUUGAGUGAUCAAUCUUGGACAGAUACUGAAUAUAACAGUUUUCUUCUUGGCCUCUAUGUAUUUGGGAAGAGUCUUAAUUUUUUAAAGAGAUUUGUUGGGAGUAAGAACAUGGGAGACAUACUGUCUUUCUAUUAUGGAAAGUUUUUUAGGUCCAAAGCAUAUUGCCGAUGGUCAGAGUGCCGGAAGAUGAGAACUAGGCGGUAUAUAUAUGGCCAGAAAAUAUUCACAGGAUGGAGGCAACAAGAAUUGCUAUCAAGAUUAUUUUCCCACGUCCCAGGGGAGUGUCAAACCAUAUUGGUAGAGAUUUCUAGGAAUUUCGGGGAGGGAAAGAUGCCAUUUGAAGAAUAUGUAUUUGCUUUAAAGGAUGCUGUUGGCAUUGACUUGCUUAUAGCUGCAGUAGGUAUUGGCAAAGGGAAGCAAGAUCUCACUGGCACAGCUGUUGAGGCAACAAAGGCCAAUCACAUCUUCUCUGUUCGCCCUGAAAUACCAAUUGGCAAAGCUUGCUCCUCACUUACAUCUGCAGAUAUAAUCAAGUUUCUCACAGGAAAUUUUAGGUUAAGUAAAGCUCGUUCCAGUGAUCUCUUCUGGGAAGCUGUUUGGCCUCGUCUUUUAGCAAAAGGUUGGCAUUCUGAACAGCCUAAGGAUCAUGUUGUUUCUGGGUCAAAACAAUCUUUGGUUUUUCUUGUACCUGGUGUUAAGAAAUUUUCAAGAAGGAGACUGGUAAAAGGUAACCACUACUUUGAUUCUAUAAGUGAUGUAUUGAAUAAAGUAGCAUCUGAACCUGGGCUUCUUGAGACUGAAAUUCAAGCAACCGAGGGCAGUGUAGAUAGGGAAAACAGGCAAGACAAACGAGACCAAGAUGGUCUGUCAAAUAGGCAACAAAUUGUUUACCUUCAAUCUCAUAGUUCAAAGUGCAAUCAAGAUCACAUGAAAUUUACAGUUGUAGAUACCAGCAUGGUUCAUGAUAUGGAUCCACAUAAAGUGAGACAGAUGAGAUGCUUACCUUUUCAAACUAUGAGUAUAUCUACCAUCUCAAGCUGCUCUAGUGAAUCAGACCAAGAUACAUCUGAAGACUCAGAAGAUCAGGUUGAGCAAGCUAAUGCUUCAAGCCCUAUUGAAGAUCACGUUGAACAAGCUAAUUCUUCGUACCCUAUUGAUGAUCAGGUUGAGCAUGCUAAUUCCUCAAGCCCUGUGGAAGAAUUCUCUGAUAAAGGGGCGAGCAUAGACUCAUCAGAUUGUACUCGUACUCCUGAGGCCCUCAACCCCACCAAAGUAGAAGUCAAAAAUCAUAAACUUCAUUCCAAUCUGCAUAAUUGUGAGCAUUCAAGGGAGAUCAAUGAGCAUCACUUGAUUCAAAACCUGGCAUCUGAUUGCACAAAUUUUUUUCCCUACACCACGACAAUGCAGAAGUUAAGAGCUUGUAACCAUGUAGAGUUUAGCCACAGCAGUGAAAGUACUUCUGUGGACAGAAAGUUCGAUUUGAAUGAGCCAAUAUCACCAUCAAAUCUUCAUGAAGAAUCUGAGGGCAUGGUUUUGUCUGUGGGUUCAGAAAACUUGUCUUUCCCAAGUUAUCUGGUAACAGGCAUUCCAAACAUGAGCAAUAAAGCCAGUGCCACUGAGAACCACCUGGUUGGUGAAAAUUCUGCAGAAAAUUCUGAAACCAGGAUGUUGAUUGACUUGAAUUUUCCUCAAGUUUCACCUGAGUUAGGAAUUGAAAUGGAAAUACCAUCCUCUAUGGUCAUACUUCAAAAUGACAACCAAUGUGCAAAUUCUUCGUCCUCUCCGUCUGAGAUAACCCAGUUCAAUGCAAUACAGGAAUUUCCUGAGGGCCAUAAGGAGCAGCAAUCUGUCAUUGUCAACCGUCGCCAGAGCACAAGGAACCGACCAUUGACCACAAAAGCAUUGGAAGCUCUUGAAUACAGAUUUCUCAACUCAAAGAGGAGGAGAAAGAACACAGAAUCUUCAGACAAUAAUUCAGUCCCAAUGUAUACGUGUAAGUAGUGGGGAAAUUGUUAGUGCUACUUGUGAUAAUGGCAUUGGGAAUUCUAUGGCUGAUACAAGAGCAGAGGAGGAGAAUGUUAUCCGGGCAUAUAGCUGAAGCCUCACUAUAAUUUGUGAAAACGUUGAGCUAGCUUCUUCUUGAGGGGCAUCAAGUUCAUAAGUUGAAGCUGAACUGGAUAUAAUUUCAUUGUUUCAUAUGUAUCCAUCAACCAUAACUAUACAUGAAGA